GAGAGGGGGAAGCAGAGCGAGUGAUCGAUCAAGGGAAGGAAGAUGGUGGAGCCAGCGGCGUGGUUCCCCCGUCAGGCAGCGACCGGCCCCGUCAGUCCCCAGCAGAGAGACGCCGCCCGGGCCGAAGCCGACUCCUGAUCACCGCCCGGCUCGGCCAUGCCCAGAUCACGCCGGGGCGACGGAGCCCGCAGGGGCGGCCGAGGGAAGUUGCGUCCUGCCUACACACAGCGAGAUACACGAGCUCGCAGCAGUGCCAAGAUGGAGUCCCAGGCCAGCGAUGAUGAGGCAGCCAGUGAAGUGCUGAGUCACUACAGCAGUGCCAGUGAGAGCACCAGUGUAGCCGAGGAAGUGACAGGAGGGGAUGCAGUUGAUGAGCAGGCUCAGCAAGAGGAGGUGGAAGAUAAACUGAAGGAAUGCAUUGACAAUGUGAUGGACAAGAGUGCCAAGACACGGCAGGUGGCUCUCGAGAGCCUGCGACUAGCAUUCUCCUCCAAGACACUCUUUGACUUCCUGUUGGAACGCCGGCUUACCCUCACGGACUCUUUGGAGAAGUGCCUGAAGAAAGGUAAAGGGGAGGAACAAUCCCUUGCUGCUACUGUUCUUACGCUACUGUGCCUUCAGAUGGGCUCGGGGCCUGAGGGGGAGGAGGUCUUCCGCAGCCUGAAGCCCCUCCUGAUCACCAUUCUGACCGACUCUUCGGCCAGCCUAGUUGCUCGGCAAAGUUGUGCCACUGCUCUCGGGAUGUGCUGCUAUGUUGCUGCAGCAGACAUGGAGGACCUUGUUUCCUGUCUUGCCUGCCUGGAGGGGAUCUUUGGCACUUCCUGCAGCAAGGAGGCUGGCUCAGUGCCCUCCCACUACAGUCCACCUCUCCAGGUCUUGAACUGCAAUGCACUUCAGUCCUGGUCCCUGCUCCUCACCAUCUGCCCAAGCACCCAGAUCAAGAAGAUCCUGGACAAUCACUUACCUAAGUUGCCUCUGAUGCUGUCCAGUGACAAUGUCAAUCUUCGGAUUGUGGCAGGUGAAACGAUUGCACUGCUCUUCGAGCUAGCCCGGGACAUGGAGGAGGAUUUUUUCUAUGAGGACACUGACUUGCUGUGCACAAAACUGAAAGCCCUGGCCACAGACAGCAACAAGUACCGGGCCAAGACAGACCGCCGCAAGCAACGCUCCAUCUUUCGGGACGUGCUGCAUUUCAUUGAGAAUGGAGAGUGCCAUGAGGAGACCAUCAAGUUUGGAUUAGAAUGCAUGUAUGUGGACAGCUGGGCGAGGAGGAGGACAUACAGCGCCUUCAAAGAAGCUCUUGGCUCUGGGGUCAGGCAUCAUCUACAGAACAAUGAGUUGCUGCGUGAAAUCUUUGAGCUGGGCCCUCCACUUGUUCUGGAUGCUGCAGCUAUUAAAGCCAGCAAGAUCUCUCGCUUUGAGAAGCACCUGUACAACUCAGCCACCUUCAAAGCCCGGACAAAGGCGAGGAGCCGCGUUCGAGAUAAGCGAGCCGAUGUCCUUUGAUGGGAGGCUGCUUCCUCCUCCUGCCUUCCAUACAAGCCAAUGAAUUACAGACCUGGACCACUGUGAACGUUUGUGGGUGUGGGGAGAGCCUGGGGCAAGGGGGCCCGUUGCCUCACCUUGUUCAAGAACCAGGCUUGUGCCAUGCCCGCUCUACUCCCCCACUAAGUGCUGGGGGCUUUUAUAUAUGUACAGAAUACUAUUUAAAUGUCUUGGAUGUUUGAAUCCUGGUGCGGUGGCCAUGGGCAGGCGCCAUUUUAAAUUUUUAACCAAAAAUCUAAGCGAGGUUGGGUGUGGAGGGGGGGAGAAUUAUUCCCCCACAAUUGGUUUUUAAGCCAGUGAUUUUUUUUUGUUUGCCUCCUUUCCCUGAUUUCAUUGUUGAAUGUAUUCUGCAGUUGUGAUUGCAGUGUGCAAUGAAAUCACAGAUGUGAUCUUUUGAAGCAAUUAGGGAUGUGCACAAACCAAGGUUCGUUCACAGGUUCAGCACCAAACCAAUUCAGACAAGGUCAGCGCUGCUGGGGUGGGCGGGGGGGUUGGGCAGAGCGGCAACUGGGAUCUUCCUGCUGUGGUGGUGCUCAUCCCAACAACCGGUCCGUGGCGCCAGCACACACAUGGCAUCCAUGCAUGUGUAGUUUUCCUGCUCUCCUCCUUUUUAAAGAUCCCACUCACUGUUCCUUCAUGGCAGCACCAAACCUCUGCACAAACUGAGGUUCGUGCACAUCCCUAAUAGAUGUGGCCUCUCCCAAUGAUGAGCUCCAUACAGGAGGCCAGCUUAGUUUAAGGGUGCAAACUAUGGUGUCCAGGAUGGAGGCAGUGAAGGGGACUGGCUUGAGAUUGGGUGCCUUUGGUUCUUCCCUUCCGGUGUUGAAGGUAUUUUGCCUUGGGUUGGAUAAAAUGUACAUUAGGAAUUAGUGUAGUUGAUUAAAGGCUGGGUUAACAGCAUCGUGAAGGGGGUUAUACCUCUCCUCUGCUCAUGCAGUUGCCAUUUUUUUUCUUGUAUGUUCCAUUGGAGCUCUUUUCUCAUGCACUAUCAUCACCUACAAUUUGACACUCUCACUUUUUAACACCUGACUUUGCUCCAUGCUCACAUGCAGGUUUUUUCAAAAGCCUUUUUUUCAAAAGGCUUUUUAAAGUGACAAGAUGAAGAGAAGCUAACUGAGAUUGUGUCUCAGGACAAGGAAAGAUCUUCUUAUUGUUGGGCUGCGUUUUGGCAGCCGUGAGAAACUCCUCCUUCCCUGGGUGGGGAAUGCCUCCUGCUGUAGAGAAGCUUCCUGUGGCUUAUUGGCUGACAAAUUGAAAAAGGCAACAAACGCAUAGUGCUUGUUCCUGGUAGGUGGGCCCAUUCUGUCUCAAAAAGCUGGAUUCAAAAAGCAUAUAUUUGUUUAUUCUGUAUAAUUUAUUUUGCCUCUGCUACUUAUUAGGAGGGGCAAGGCGCCAUAGAGGAGCUGCACCUACAGAGGGUUCCAGAUUCGACCUCUGGCAUCCCCCAGCAGAGCUGGGGGAAACUCCGAAGGAAAUCCAAAAUAGCCACUUAGACAGUAUUGACCACAAUGAACUGAAAAUCUGACUUGAUAUAAGGCAUCUUCAUAUGUUCAGCAGCAACUUCUGCUAGCCCUACUUUGAUAUUGAUCAGAUAUUAGCCCUAUUCACACAUUAUGUUCAGCGUACAUACAGUCUCUGUACAGUAGUAUGUAGUUGUGUGUACAUACAGUUUGCUCUCGUUUUAUUGAAUGCAUGUACAGCAGUACACUUCCUAUUUGUACCCUGCAUUUGAGAUGGUUUGUACCCAUGUUCACUUUUAAAGUGAAUGAAUGUACAGUCAUUCACACAAAAACAUAUACCUGUGUACGGACAUCCGUACAUGUGUACAACAUAAUGUCUGAAUAAGACUAUUCUCCAUAAUCUUUCAGACCUGUCUUGGUAGCCACAAAGACUAAGUCCUGCUUUUAGCAUGCUUGUGCUCUCUCUCUUCCCACCCUGCCACCCCCGCCUCUCUCUUCCUCCCACUUCUUAGGAAAUUGAAUUCUCUGACCAACACUAAGACUAAACAUGGAUAAAAUUGCACUGAAUAUUCUGUGUUUCCACAGCACUUGCACAGAAUCCCAGAAUAUAGCCCUGCAGACAAAUACCAGAAAGUCAACAAAUGGAAGAACCCUGCAGCUUGCUAGCAUUCACAUUCUGCAUUUUGUGCUUCCCUCACUUGGCUUUUCUGUAGCAGAUUUGUUACAGUUUUGUCAUCCCAAAUAGGUUUGGUAGAGUGUGUGUAAACCUUUAAGCUGUACAGAAGCCUUCAUUAGCCAGAAAGGAAAAUUGACUUGAACAAAGCAAAGUUAAUGGCAGGUAUACUUUUCUCCUAAUGGAUUUCUCUCUAAAACACUGUUCCACCUGCUAAUAUUAACAGCAUAUAAUGCCCUGUUUCACUUUAAAACACGAGGAAGGUAUUAGACAUAGUUUUUCCAAUUAACUGAGUGACAGAUGAAAGCUGUUCUGUGGCCAAUAAGACAUCAGUGGCCAUCCAGAGGCUGGAUGGCUGACUAGCAAGGAUACGAUGGCAGAUUGCUGCACUGGACUGGAAAACCUCCAAGGUCUCUCCAGCUCUAGAAUUCUAUGAUGUAUGGGCAUUUGCAGAGUGAAAGUUGCAUGUUUCAUGGAAGCUUGCCAAAUUAACGAGAGAGUUCUAUUACAGGUCCUACAGCUAAGUCCGUGAGGGUGUGGUGCCUUUCCUUCCUGUACAUUGCCUAGUUCUAGCUGAGCUAUACACAUCUGUAGAAAGUAUUAAUGUUUCUACCUGCAUGUACCUCUCUCUGUAUCCGGAGCCAUCCUGAGUAUAGAAAUCAGGAAAGGUAUUUGCUCCAGCUUAGUGGUGAACUAUAGGGCUGUACUAGUUCUCACUGAAAUUCUCCUCCAGUUGAACUCAAGGUUCAAUUGUGAAUUCUGUGUUGGUGCAUCAAAACAAGGUUUGCUUAUGUGUAUGAUUUACAAUUGUAGCUGAAAUCUAGACGCACAUCGUUUUUAAUCUGAACAAUUUCAGCUAUUUUUCUUUAAAGUCUAGCCUUUAUGAUUGGAAAAAGAGAGAGAGAGAGUUUGAGAACAUACAUGUGUUUUUCUGCUUAAAAUCUGCAAAAACCAGCAGAAAUCUUAAGUCGGAGCACAGAUUUCCUUAUGCUUAUCUGCCUUCCUAUUCAUACCUAUUCCUUACAGUAUUUCCCUCCAUCAGCCCUCCACUGUUGUGGAGGAAAAAUAAUUAAACACAAAUUAGAAAAAGGGUAUACAAACAUGUCUGUUUACAUCAUGGUUUAACAAAGACAAGGUUUUCUGACUGCAAAAUGUUUUUGAUGCAGGUAGAUAGUUCUUCCUUUUUAAUACUGAGAAGAGAGCACAACGAUUCCCUCCUCUAUAGCUCUUCCCAAUCCUAGUUUCUUGCAGGGUUAUGCUCCAUUUUCAACAGGUAAAGCCUGAUUUUUGCAAACUGGGCCAAUGCUGUGAGGGUUUGUUGAAGAGAACAGCAUUCAUUGGCAAAAUAAGCCAAUCUGGGUUUUAUUGUUACUUAUUCAACACCUUUGUAACGUGUUCCAUGGGCAAAAUAAAUGGGUAUAAAGUA